AUGUCAACUACGGUCCUGACUUUCGUCAUAGUAGGACUUGAUGAUCAUCCCAUCUUUGAGGCAGAUCUAGCAGUGAGAGGCGACACAGGGUCGAGGGAUGAUAGGGCGCAGUACCUGCACCAGUUCGUGCUCCAUGCUGCACUAGAUGCUGUGGACGAGCAGCAAUGGCAGGGCCAAAAUAUGAAUCUGGGAGUUGUUGACAAGUUUAACAAUCUACAGGUCUCGGCGUUUGUCACUGCGGCACAGAUCAAGUUCCUCUUGCUGCAUGAUGGCAAGAACGACGACACGAUCAAACUGUUCUUCAGGGAUGUGUAUGAGGUUUACUUAAGGGUGAUCAUGAACCCCUUCUUUAGCCCGAGGUCACACAUCAAGUCCCCUGCUUUCAACCAGAAAGUCAGGUCAUUGGCCAGAUCGUACUUCAGAUCCUGA